GGUCUAGUCUAUUUCAUUCCUGUAAAAUGCCGUCCCUACCCUUUGAAUCCACAUCAUGGCCUAUUAGUGGAUCCUGAUCCUCAAUUUUAAAGACAAUGCAAUAAAUCAAUUCCAGGUUUUUCUUGGUAGGAGGACCUGACUUAUGGUGAAUGUGAGAAAUAUCACAGUUGUUCAUUUUUGGUGAUCUCGAGUUUGGUUCCACUCUUCCACAGCUUUCUCUAGAGUCCUUCCUUCACUUUCCAGAUGUUAAACUCUCCUCAGAUUACUGACCAGUCUCCAAAUCCUAAUUUUUUAUUCCAAAACAAAGAAAGUCAAUUUGCAAAACAGAAUUUCAACUUAUUAACUCGCUGAGAUUUGCACUGAACCAAGAGGGUUGUUUCGAUCAGCUCCUACUAAGAUUUAAGACAAUGAACAUCUGACUACAGGGUUGCAUGGUAAACACAGAAACCAAAAAAUGUCUAGUGAUGGCCUAUAGUGGCUUAGCAUCUUUCUCCUGCACAACUGAAGAAUCUACUUUCUUUUGUUCUCAAAGAUCAAUUCCUGGCCUCAGUUCUUCUAUACUGAGGGGCACUAACAAAAUUGGUACCCUCCUUUACGUGAAACCCAGACUGGGGGUAGCAAGAGGAGGUGGUGUUAAUUUAAUCUUAACACCUGAGAUUACCUCCUGGGCUUGCGAUAAUUUUCUCCAAUUCUGUGACAGCAUCAAGAUAACUUUCAUCCAUCAGAAAGGAAAUACAGUUUUAGUUUGGAUUUUGUAAAUAUUCAGUAACAUGAACACAACACCUUCUCUUACUCAGUGUGGCCUUAUUCUAGGGUGGGCGAAAGAAUCAAGCCAUGAAGGCUCCGCUUCCACCUUUAUUCCUAUCACGUAUUACCUGGAAACACUCAGCUUUUUCUGGAUAGGCCCAAGGUGGUUAUUAACAAACCUCGGGUCUUCUGAUCACUUCCUGGGAUCUUAACCGUUGUGCAGAUUAUACUGAAUGAUCCCAAGUCCAGUUUGACAUGAGAAAAAAUGUCCACCUUUCAGCCUUUGGGGGUGGAUUAAAAAAAAAAAAAAAAAGCUUAGAAUUAGAAUUUAAGUCCAAAGAUGGGAAACAGCAGGCUCUUCCCCGUCCCGGAAGCUCAUUAGAACCUCGUUAUGCGCCUUAAAAGCCGGUUUUAUUUCCGCAGCGGGCCCGGUGGCGAAGGCAGAAGGCUCAGUUCGUGGGCCUCCACCAGCUGUCCCAGCAGCGCGACCUGACUCCACGCAGCGGCGGCCACUCGCGGCCCGAGACCGGCUCGCGGCGCCCAGCCCCGCGUCGGUCGCCCAUCGGGGCCCCAGCGCCGGGUGCUCCGCCUCCCAAGGCAGGCGGCCGCCAUGGCGGGCAGGCAGAUCAGGGCGCUGGCGGGUCCCGCGCUGCGGGGGCAACCUCUCGCCGCCCCACCGCCAGCACCUCUCUGGGUCCCCGCUGGGUUCCAACAGCAGCUCAGCCUAACCCUUCGCUCUGCUAACGAGGGAAACCGCGGCGGCUCUGUGCCCGACACGCCGGGUAGGCCGGACAAGGCGGCGAGGCCUUCGGAGAGCAAAGAGUUAACCGCAGCGGAGCGGCGAAUCGCAGAGCUGCACGCGGCCGCCUGCGCGGCUGGCCAGCUAAACUAUGUGGAUCCAGCUACUGGCUAUUUGGUGCUUACACAGAUUGCCCACUUGCAAAGAGGUGAAUGUUGUGGCUCUGCUUGCAGACAUUGUCCAUAUGGUCAAGUCAAUGUUAAAGAUCCAUCUAAAAAGAAGCAGUUCAAUUCAUAUUUUUAUAUUUGACAACAAUUUCAUCUCUGUUCUCAACAGUACUUGUAUUUUUUUAAAAAAAAUAAAGCCCUAGUUCAGAGUUGCUAUGUUAUUAGUACUUGAACACUAGUGUAUUCCUAAUUACACAUAUUAAAAGAACAUCAAUAAAAUGAAAAAGCUAACAAA